UUCACUGUCGGUGGUGGUUGUGCUGGUCGCUCUGUGGUUCGCGUAAUAACUUUCGUAGAAUAAAAAAAAACUUGAACAUUUAUCUCGUCUUCGAUAGUUAUGUGAUUGUAUUUUAGUGAACAGAAAUCGUGUUAUUUGAUAUUAUUGUGUUAUGGAAUGUUGUUUAUUGUGCUGUGUAUUUCAGUUGCUUUUUGACGGAUUUUUAACGGUACAAAGUGUUUCGAGUGAAACAGUUCCGUCGCCAUGGCUUUAUAAAUCAUAAUGGCGCUGCUGAGGCGCUGCAACGUCGCUUGACGAUCACUAACGAAAAUGGCGGACACCAGUCCCGCCACUUCAAUCAUCGAGGGGACUGUUAAAUUUCGGGACGGAAAAAAGUGGAAAUCACGAUGGUGUGUAAUGAGGAAGCUGUCUCCUGUAGCAGAUUGUGUGCACCUUCAGCUGUACAAGGAUCUGAAGGAGCGUCAAAAGAGCGGACAGACAAAGGCCUCGCUGUCCCUCCAGCAGUACUUGGGCUUCGAGUCCGGCUUCACCCUGGACAAGGAGUCUAACACGCUGGCCAUACUCUGCGAGGACGUGGUGCCGGUGCUGGCCUUCGACACCAGGGAGAUGCUGAUGCAGUGGAGAGUUAAGGUACAACAUAACCUGGGCAGCAGUAAGGAGUUCGCGGCGGUGAUUAUAUCUUCUCCGUCAGUGAAGCCAGGUCCAGUGAGGCUACACGCCUGCGGGCCGAGGCUGGCCCUGUGCGGCUCAAGGCCCCCAGAAGUUCUAGCCUUAUGGGACAUCAAGCUACUGAGGAGAUUCGGUAUGGUCGAUAAGCGGUUCUGUGUGGAGGGGGGCUCUCGUUGCGGGAGGGGCGAAGGCCUAUUCGUGUUCGCGGCGGAAGGAGGUCGUGAGUUGACCGAGCUGCUGAACGUGUACACUCAUGAGGCUCACUCCAGACUCAGCAUCGCCUCUAGGAGUGGAUCAGUUCUGGAGAAGCGUUUCUCGGACACCAACUCGUGUAUGGAGGACUGUUUCAACCAGUCCCUCCGCUCGGUGUCCCCCGCCUGGCCCGCCCCCACCAGCCACACUAUGCACUGUCUCUCAGACUUGGACUCCAGUAUGGACAGUAAUGACGACAAGUUCCGACGACCGACCUCACUGCCGCGCUGUUCCAGUUGUGUGGGGAAGAUCAGUCACUUGACCAGAUCAUCUACAAUGAACACACCCGGGUCAAUGAUGUCUCCUGUAUGGACGAUGGACAACAUAAUGGAGAAGAGAUCAGAUUCAGAUCGGGCGUCAAUCUAUUCGAGAUCCAGUGGUAGUGCCUCAGAGUACUCCGUGCCGCGCAGCGCCUGCAUGCUCGACAAGAGCUUCGAGGCCAAGCGCGGAAGCCCCGUCGCAGGGUGUACCCCUACCGUGCCGGUGAAGACCGGCUGCACCUGCUGGCAGCAGACGAGGACCUGCUGCUGCAAGAAGAAGACCUUCAAUGGACCAUACGAGAACUACGACGUACCAAAGACACCCAUGCCCUUAAUAAAGGAACACCCCGCGGACUCCGCGGAAGCCUCCAGCUUGUACGACACUCCAAAGAAACUAAAAUGUCUGACGGGACAGUGCGCGUGUUCACACAACGACAACCAGGAGGAACAAACACACACAGCAUACACGGAGACAGGUGACACUAACGCCAACUACGUGAACGUGACGCCCCAGCAGGAUAUAGACCUGAGCAACUACGCCAACAUAGACAAAGCCACUCUGGAUGAGUUCGAGAGCUCCCUGAGGAUACUCCGCAGCGCCGGGUUCAGUCAGGAAGAACUGGACGCGCUGGAAGACAUACCGGAACACGACCGCGACAUGGCCGCGGCGCCCAACGACGCCGCGCAUCCGCCGGCCGAGUGCUGCAACCGACACGCGAGCUACAUGCACAUGGAACCUCUGGAGAACAGCAGCUGCAGCAACAGCAAGCACUCGGACAACAUCAGCAGGAUCAGCCACGUGUCGGAUCCCACGCAGCAGUCGGAGUCAGACAACACCAUCAGCACCAGGAGGUCCAGCUCAGCGGACUUCACCAAGAGGUACGACGACGACAGGCUCCAGGUCAGGGGGUGCUACACCCCCACCGUCAUGAGGAGGAGCUUCAGAACGGAUCGCAUCAACGACGACUCCGCCAAGAACGGCGACACGGACAAGGACAAGGACAACAAGACACCAGCGAAGACGGAGAGCGUCACGCUGGUGACCAAGUUAAGGGACGCCGUGAAGAUAAGGCGGUCGUCGAGCGUUCCGAGCAAGUCAGAUAAGAACAGGGAUUCGUCGAGCUCCAACGACUCCGGCGUGUCGACCGGCUCGCUGAAGCAUCACAAGGGCGACUUCGAGUACGACGCCGCCAGCGGGAAAGCGGCCAAGAAGAGCAAGAACAGGUUCCGCAACACGCUGACCCCGGUGCGCGCGCCGCCGCUCAACGGCAACUCCUCGGACCCUCUCAAACACUUGACAUUCCAGUUCGAAGAAGUCGCCGCCAUCACGACGUGCGGCCCCUGCGACGACGACACCCUCACCAAGACCAAGAAGCGGGGCGCUGCGUCGCCGGGCGAGGCGGAGGGCGCGCGCCACAGCCAGGCGACCAAGAGCAGCUCGUCGGGCGCGUCGGACACGUCGGACUACAUGGAGUCGCUGUCCGUGUCGUCGUUCAGCUCGUGCGACGCCUGCGACCGGCACGCGGCGCGCCCGCGCUCCGGCAAGGAGUACGCCACCAUCGACCGGAGCGCGCUGGCCGGGCCCGCCGUGUGAGGCGGCGGAGGCCGUGUGCACUAUAAACGAACUGUUUCUGUGCUGACCUCGGAAGGUUCCCCGCACCGUGUUCCACCCCGAGCGGGAGCGCCGCGUCCCCGCGCGAGUCGCCGGCGCUCGUUCCUAUGUAUAUACUUAAUUAGAGAAUGAUUUUUACGAAGUGAGUUAGCCGUAGUGCAGACCGAAUUUAGCUGAGUGCGGCCUGAACGUGGCUCACGCUGACGGCUCGGUGUAAAUGUAAAUUAUAAGAUGAAAUGUAAGUCGCACGACAUAUGAGACGUUUCAUUCGGGACGAAACUCGUCACUCGGCCGGGAACGAUUUAAAAUCGUCACGGGCCGAGUGACCGCCGCAGAUCAAUUACUCGAUGUAAAUGUAUCGUAUAUUUUAUUACCGUAGUGUAGGUCGUAACCGACGCUAGGGACUUCAACUCUUUGUGCCUUCACGUACAGUGUUAUCGUCUCGCGUGUUACCCUCGGAGCCAGCCGAGCCGUGGACCGGUAUAUAACUUCGUCAACACCGGCGAGUGGUAUAUAUAUAUAUAUAUAUAUGUCGCCUCCGUGAACUCGUAAGCAAUAGUAACAUAAUAAAGUCUAUUCUUGUAAUACAAAAUUUAUAUGAACCGCAGCCAUUUUGGAUAUUAGCGACCCAGCUUCGACUCCUGCCGGUAUUUUUAAAUACGCUAAAGUGUUUUAUAUUACGAUAAAUAUAUAUACUAGUUCUUAAGUUUGGUUUUUCUUAUAAUUUUGGAGAGUGAAUUGUUUAAAACAAAUCGACUAUAGUUGCUGGUUACAAUUUUUUCUCUGAAAUAAUGUUUUGGUGGAUUUUUGUCUAGUCAAAAAUGUUCCGGCGGCCAUAUUGUAAUGUUCGCCAACAAAGAUUUCCAACAAAAAAUUAUAUAUUUUUUUUUAUUUGGAAAAUAUUUAAUAUUAAUAUGAAUUACAAAAACAAAAUUAUUUAUUACGCAACAGAGGAUUUUCAUAAUAAAUCUAUCAACACCAGUGUCAUUUUGUUGCCAGUGAUAAAAAUUACAGCUGCCUACGUUUGUUCCGCGCUCGUUACAACAUGGCCGCCUCACGCGGGUUGGUGUCUUAGUUCAUGUGAUGACUUUCGUAUUACAAUACGUCGCUACUAUAUUUUAUUGUAGUUUAUUACAACUCAGAGAAAUACAGCGCAUUACAAAGAAA